AGGGGAAGGGGUAGAGAGAGAAAGCUAGAGAAGGAGGGGAGAGUCGCCGCCUAUUAAUACGCGGCCUCCUCCGCCCCGCCCCGGUCUCCUCUCUUUCCGGCCCCCGAACCACAACCCCCCUCCCCCAACCCCCAUCCUCCUCCUCCAGGCUCGCCGUUGACGCCCUCCCCUUCUGGUGCCUCGCCCGCGCCGGCAUUGGACGCGUCCCGGAGAAGGUCCCUCCGCCCGUGUUGGUUGUGACUCUACUCAAUUAUUGUUCUUGGAGCGGACCAGUCAGAUACACGAGCCUUCCUCUUAGACGAUAUCAACCGAAUGCAGGGUCUUCUCGCUUGCUGAGUUGGGUGCGUUUCAUGCACGUUUGUAGUGACAAAAAGACACUCAUUUUUCAUUAAGAGGGUUGGUUGAGUGUUCUCUGUUUCAUUCUUCAGUCCGGCACACUCUACUUUUGCUGUUCGUAGUUCGUAGUUUGACAACAAGACUGAGGGGAAGUCUUGUUCUGUUGAUGGACUUGAAGACAAGCCACAACUCUCCUGUUUUUGUUGAUCCUCUCCCUUCACUAGCCUUGCCUAUGACGUACACAACACCUACUAGCUUCCCAUCUUCUGGGCUUUACCUGAACACCCCAAAGAAGAAACCUCUUCCCAGCAAGAUUGAAGAGGUUCGUGCUGCCGGAUGGCUUGAUCUGAUGCUUGCCUCAUCACCUCCUCGUAAGAGGCAAAGCAAGGACUUCUUGCCCCAUGAUGUUCAAGCUGAUGAUCUUGAUUUGCGAUAUCGUAAUUGGAUGGUGAAUUAUCCUUCUGCUUUAGGCUCCUUUGAGGCAAUUACUGAGCUUGCCCGCGGUAAAAGAUUGGCAUUGUUUCUUGAUUACGAUGGAACUCUUUCGCCUAUUGUGGACAAUCCUGCAAAUGCAGUAAUGUCUGAUGAGAUGCGUGCUGCUGUGAGGCAUGUCGCAUCACUUUUCCCGACUGCAAUCAUUAGCGGAAGAUCUCGUGACAAGGUAUUUGACUUUGUGAAACUAACUGAACUGUACUAUGCUGGAAGCCAUGGAAUGGACAUCAUGGGGCCUAUUAGGAAGUCUGAGUCCAAUGGCCACCAUGUGGAAUGUGUUAGGUCCACUGAUUCAGAGGGUAAAGAGGUCAAUCUCUUCCAACCUGCAAGUGAGUUUUUACCUAUGAUAGCUGAGGUGUUUGAAAAUCUUAGCGAGAGUAUAAAGGACAUCGAUGGUGCAAGGAUGGAAGAUAACAAGUUCUGCGUGUCUGUGCAUUACCGGAACGUUGCACCACAUGACUACGAAACAGUUCAUCAGCGUGUAACUGCUGUUCUGAAGGACUACCCUUGUCUUAGGCUUACCCAUGGGAGGAAGGUUCUUGAAGUUCGCCCUGUCAUUGACUGGAACAAGGGGAAAGCUGUGGAAUUUUUGCUUGAAUCACUUGGACUAAGCGAGAGUGACGGUGUUCUUCCCAUCUAUGUUGGGGAUGACAAGACUGACGAAGAUGCAUUCAAGGUUCUGAAGGCAAACAACCAUGGCUUUGGAAUUCUGGUUUCAUCUGUGCCCAAGGACAGUGAUGCCUUCUACUCCCUGAGGGAUCCAUCUGAGGUUAUGGAAUUCCUGAAGACACUGGCAGCAUGGAAGGAGGGUUCCAGCUGAGCAGGAGGGAAGAAGAACAACGGUUUUGCUGACCUGGAGAAGCCCCCAAUUAUAUAUACAAGCUAACCAAAUAAGUUGGCUGAUAUAAGAGAGUCAGGCCAAAGCUUUUUUGAUUUGGCAUUUUGUAAAUGUGGCUGCCACUUUUUUUUGGCAGCACCUUUUGUCUUUUAUUAAUGAGACUUGUCAGUUUCAUUCUUUUAUUGUUAAAAAGGUUCUUUUAGUAUAUAUCAAUAUAAGCUGAAAUUUUUCC